GCCUAUUCGCUCCCCACGACCCGGCCGCCUCCCUCUCGCCCACCUCUCCGUCGACCGCAUCGCCGCCGCUCCCUCCACCCGAAGCUGCCGCUAGCUCGUCCGCCGAGGAGAUCCCACGGGAGCGAGGGCUCGCCACCAGAAACCGUGCACCCGCAUCGCCGCAACCGUUCGCUCGCCGUCCGGACGAGGCCACGCCACCCGCGCCCAGAGCCGCUUCGCCGCCCCGCCGUCUCCUCCACCUCGCCAAGGCUCCGUCUACAAAAGGAAUCGAACUCAGAGGCUCUAGAUUGUCGGAACGCCGCCAUCCCGGGAGCUCCCCUCUCCUCCCUCGACGGAGAUCUACCCGGAGAAAGAACGAAUUAGGCUGGACAUUAUUUUCCUCUGGUGACUGUGGAGCUGCAUAUGCUAAAGGGUGCCAGAGAUCAAGAAUAACCAGCAGUACUCUGUUUUCUUGGUGAAAUGCCUGGUUAUUAUGACAUCGAUGAUAUACUCAUGGAGGAGGAGCCUAUUUCAGUGGUUUUCCAAGUAAGUGCAAAUGGUGUUGGACUCCUAGACCCUGGUGCUGAAAGGAACAGUGUUGAAAAGGGUGCUAAGGUGGACCUUCCAUUUUGGCUUGCACAUGGACUGCUGUCUCUGGAACAAGCAGUGUCCAUAAACGUACCUCCUUGCUUCACCCAGAGAACCCGGAAGGAGAUCCAGGCUGAUGCAGCCUGUGUUGAUUUGAGGAUCCGUUGCCCUUACUUCUACGAGCUAGGAUGCAAGAUAGUUCCUUUGGUUAAUGACAGGAGCAUUGGACCAUUCUUGCGCUAUGCAUUCACCAGUAGGUACAAGGAAAUACUAAGCAAGUCACACAGCUCUUCCAUGAUGACAGUGCCCAAGUUUGUUCCGCGUCUUACAAAAGAAGAAGCCCGAGUGUUUGAAUCCGCUAGGGACUCCAUGACUGCUUUCAAGAAAUGGCGUGCUGGUGGUGUGAGGUUGCAGAAAGCGUCCAUUCUUGGCAGGAAAAGGAAGACAAAGCUGCCUGAUGGACCUUCUACUCCUUGAGCUGUGUUUAGCUUAUGUAUUUAGUGGUGUACUUGAGCAGAGUUGAUCUGAUGUAUGUAUACUGAUUAGUAUGUUACUGGAAGACAAGGUGAAACAGCUCCGUUCUGAGAUCACACUUAAUAUUGUAUUUUGUGGCUGAUGUGCGCAUAUAUUAUUCGACAGUAUCUCUGUUGUCUACACGCCUGAAUUUAUUAUUAAGAAAAACGUGACAUCAAUGAACA